AUGGAGUCGCGGUACGCGCUUCGGCGCUACGAUGAAGCCGAUCGCGUCGUGAUUGUGUGGCGAUCGAUCUUGGAAGACCAGCUCAUGCCCCACGAGCCUGGCAAUCUCAUUGGCAAUCAGAUUGGCUGGGUCGUGCUCGAAGACAAGGGGCCAACCGAAUGCUCGUUCCAGAUCUACGCCACCAUGGCGACGCCCAUGUUUCCGUCGUCGAUCCCGUCCAAGCAGCCGACGACCGGGACGUGGACCGAGCUCUUGAUCGCCUCGUCACAGCACACCAAGGAGCAGCUUGGUAAAGAUUUGGACGACGCCACCGAGGCGCGGCGCCAACAGCUCAUGGCACAACGCAUCCACACCACCUCGUAA